AUGAAGAAAGCAUUUGAUCAAACUGUCAGAGACCUUAAGAGAGGGGUCAACAAGAAAGUGCAUAAAGUACCUGGAAUAGAGCAGAAGGUUCUAGAAGCUACCAGCAACGAGUCAUGGGGUCCGCAUGGAUCACUUCUUGCUGAUAUUGCGCAUGCUUCUAGAAAUUACCAUGAAUACCAGCUGAUCAUGGGAGUGUUAUGGAAACGUCUAAGUGACACUGGGAAAAAUUGGCGGCAUGUCUUUAAGGCACUGACAGUCUUGGAGUACAUGGUAGGCCAUGGAUCAGAACGUGUCAUAGACGAGAUUAAAGAACGUGCAUAUCAGAUUUUGACAUUGUCUGAUUUUCAGUAUAUAGAUUCCGGCGGUAAAGAUCAAGGUAACAAUGUCAGGAAGAAGUCGCAGAGCAUCGUGGCUUUGGUAAAUGACAUAGAAAGAAUAACGGAGGUCAGAGAGAAGGCUUCUGCUAACAGAGAGAAAAAGGGAACAUAUUUCAUAGAACCUGACAUGUUUCUGUACAACAGAUAUCGUAACUCACCCGGAGGUGGGAUGCAUAGGCCGUCAGGUGGAUAUGGGGAUAGAUAUGAUUACGAAGGCCGCUCUGGAGACAGAGAUGAAGGGCGAAGUAGUUAUGGGAGAGAAAGAGAAUAUGGUUACAGGGACGAUGAUAGAAAUAGUCGUGAUGGAGAUCGUUAUUCUAGAGACUCUGAAGAACGAUAUGGAAGAGAAGCUAACAGAGAUGAUGAAUACCAUAGAAGAAGCAGAAGUGUUGAUAAUUACCAAAAUGGAUCAAGAGGUAGGAGCUCGGACAAGGAACGACCUUUUGAGGAUGAUGGUCAAUCUUCAUCACGGGACAGUGGUGCACGAGCUGAUGAUCAUUCUCAAGAUGAGAGAGUGGGGCUACAUAGGAAGUUUUCUGAACAAAAUAUUGGUGCCGUACCACCAAGUUAUGAAGAAGCUGUCAGUAAAUCACGGAGCCCUGUAUACAGUGAAAGGGAUGGUGGAGAGACCCCACAAGUUGCUCCUCCAGGACCUGAUGUUUCUCCUCGUGUUGAAAGCAACAGCGAGGACAACAACCCUACUGGUUCUGUUAACGAGUUACCUCCUCAACAAGUCGAGGCUUUCGAUGAAUUUGAUCCACGAGGGUCAGUUCCAGCUGCUGCUUCGGCUCCUGCACCUACCCCACCAACAGUGGUUUCUGCGCCUGUCUCAAAUAAUGCCGAAAUGGACUUGUUUGGCUCUCUUUCAGAUGUAUUUUCACCAAACCCGUUGGCUAUUGUUACAUCUGAGUCUGCUCCUGGUGUAGCCAAUGAACAAGUAAACGCUGGUCCAGCUCCAUCAUUUUCUACUUCCCAGUCAUCAACUCAGCCGUUUGAUGAUCCCUUUGGUGACUCUCCUUUCAAAGCCAUCACUUCUGUUGACACUGACCCAAGUCAACAUCAGACUUUUGGAGUUCCUUUCCAGCCAACACCACCGGCCCCAGAUCUUGAUAAUGGUGAUAAUUUUGGUUUCGGGGAAUCAUUUUCUGCUGUUCCCAAUCCUGAACCCGGCUUUCAAGCUCCAUCGGACUCAUCUGUCUUCCCUCAAGAAGAGUUUAAUACAGCGCAGGACGAAAUCGAUAUUCUUGCCGGCAUUCUCCCGCCAUCUGGACCACCAGUGUCUUUGUCUCAGCCAAACCCCACGAUGCCGACAUCCCAAUUUCCUCCCAACGGUAACAUGUAUCAAAGCUUUCACCCUCAAGCAGCGCCUACAGAUCCUAACAUGCCAGGACAGACUCCCUUUGGUCAAGCUUCACAACAGUACAAUAUGAUUUCUCAUUCACAAAAUCAUCCUGGAGGUGUGCAACAAUUCAACAAUGGAGGCUUCACGCAACAGCCAGGCUAUGCAGGAUUCACGCAACAGCCAGGCUAUGCAGGUUCUGCGAAUUCUCAACCUCCACAGCAUACUCCUGGACUAUCUUUACACCCAACAAGUGAGCCUUUUUCUCAUCAACCAGGUUCUGCCACUUCAUCAAGCUCACAAUCUCCUUACUCUACUACACCCAAUGCACCAUCUGGUCAGUUUGAUGGUGGAAACUUCAUGACAUAUCAAGCUCAAGUUCAAGGUAUCCCUACCCAUAUACCACAGCGAACUCAAUCUGGACAUAUUACAGCAUAUGGAAAUCAUAAUAAUGCCACUGGAGACAUGUUUGCACCAGCUGGACACGGUUCCUUAGGAGCUUCUGCAUCCCAACCAUCUCUCACACCUUUAACAGGAGCGAUGGAGAUUGUUCCUCAAACUCAGAAAAAGUUUGAGCUGAAAUCAACAAUCUGGGCAGACACAUUAAGCAGAGGGCUAGUGAAUUUCAACAUAUCUGGACCGAAAACAAAUCCAUUGGCAGAUAUAGGAGUUGAUUUUAAGGCGAUCAACAAGAAAGAGAAACGGCUAGAGAAACCAACCACCGCACAACAACAAGUAACAUCAACUAUCAACAUGGGUAAAGCCAUGGGAUCUGGUACUGGCUUAGGCCGUACCGGUGCAGGUGCUAUGAGCAUACCCAUGGGCAUGAACCAAAACCAUCUAAUGGGAAUGAGCAUGAACCAAAAUCAUUUAAUAGAAAUGGGCAUGAACGUGAACCAAAACCAUCCGAUGGGAAUGGGAAUGGGCAUGAACAUGAACCAAAACCAUCCCAUGGGGAUGGGCAUGAACAUCAACCAAAACCAUUCUAUGAGAAUGGGCAUGAACAUGAAUCAAAACCAUCAUAUGGGGAUGGACAUGAACAUGGGAGGAUAUGGUCAAGGGCCUCAAGGCUACCCGAUGCAACCACAAAAAGGGAUGACCAUGGCUCAUGGUCCACAAGCAGGCGUAACAGGUGCUGCUUAUAAUCCGAUGAUGGGCCAAGGUGGUUACAACCCUCAGCAGCAACAACCUUAUGGUGGAGGAUACAGGUAA